AUGGCCACAACUUCCGUUAACUCUUCUUAUGACGAUAUAAAACGUAAAAGGGAACGGGAAAAUUCAGACAUUAGAAAGAGCGAGCCUGUUGAGAAUCAGUCGGACUCUUCAGAUGGUGAUAAAACCGUGCCAUCAAAAAAAAAACGACAUGACGAUGUUAUCAAAGAUUUGAAAGAUAGUCCUAAAACGCUCAGUGAAACGACUGAACCCAUGAGAGCUUUGCAAAAAAAGGUAGAAACAAUGAAAGUUGAUAACAUUGGCGCAAAUGAACCGGUUGAUUCAUCAUCAAUUGGUGAUAAUAAUAUGAAAAUUGAUAAUGAAGAACGAAAGGAAUUUUUAGAAAAUCGUUCUUCUGAGGAUGUAGAUAUGAAUUAUGAAGAAUCAAAAGAAAUGAUAGCGAAUUUAUUAUCCGACGAAAAUAUAAAAGUUUUAGAUGAUUUUAAAUCGUUUAUUUCUUCGAAAAAGCUUGUUGAAAAUGAGUUGGAAGUGGAUAACGAAUUUUGUAAAGAAGAAAAACCAACUAAUGCAUCGGAAGAUAAGGGUUUAAUAUUGGAUGUUAUUGAAAAUAAAGCUACUAUAGACAUAGACACUGCUAAUGCAAAAGAAGCAUCAAAAAAAAUUAAAAAUUUAACUGAAAAAUUAGAAAAGACAAGAGAACCGACUGAGGCUGAAGUUAAAGAGGAAGAGUCUAAAAAAGACGAAGAAAAGACUCCAAAUGAAAGAACACCGAAUCAAAGCACUAAAGUGUUCGGAUCUAGUACAUCGAGUCAGAGUACCAAAGUGUUUGGAUCUAGCACUACGAGUCAGAAUACUAAAGUAUUUGGAUCUUCAUAUACUCCGAUCACUAGAAUAUUUGGUAGUGGUGUCGAAUUUUCAGGUCCAUCAUCAAAGCCUUUGGGGUUCUCAAGUUUUACAACCUCAACCCCUCAGCUGAAUACUUUUGGUUCCGAUUCCAAAUCUCCCCCUAAACAAGGAAUAUUUGGUUCUAAUUCCAAAUACAAUUCACCGAUAGAUACGUUUGGCUCAUCAUCGAAGUCACCAAAUCAUGGAUUUAAAUCAAUUUUUGGUACAAGUGCAAGACCAAUUUUACAAGAACAGGAAGUGAUCACCGGUGAGGAGGAUGAAGUAACUAGAUAUACUAUUAGAGCUAAAUUAUAUUGUAUGGAUAAGUCACUUCAAUAUAGAGAACGUGGAGUUGGAACAUUGAAACUUAAUUUUCCUAGAGAUAAUAAAAAAUCGCCUCGAAUAGUAAUGCGUACUGAUGGUGUACUGAGAGUUAUUUUGAAUAUCGCGUUAUUUCAUGGAAUGAGUGUAGAAAGAGCACAAGAAAGUUUUGUGCGAGUUGUUGCAUAUGAAGGAACUGACCAUAUUCCCGUUAAACUUGCAAUCAAGGUUGGAAGUCCUAGUGCAGCUGAUGAAUUAUAUAACGCCAUCAUGAACGCAAUACCACAGCAUCAACAACAGUCACAAAUCAGAAUCAAUGCUGUGGCUUCUCGAGCUUGA